AAUCUUUAAAAAAAAGUCCAGAGGCAGGCCUUCCAGGGCUGGGAUGGCAGCUCCAUGGAGUCGCCAGGGACCCAGGUUCCUUCCAGCUCUGGUCCCAUCCUAGGGUCUGCAGGGGACACUGCUGUGCUCACGGUCCAAGAUGGCACCCGCCGGCCACCCGUCGCCCCAGGCCGAGCGUGGAAAAGAGUGAAGGCAUUCCCUCGCCCCUCAGGAGACUUCCCCGACAUCCCAUCCACUUCCGUCUGCAUUUUUCUGUCUCACCGGCCAGAGUUUGGUCAUGUGGCCAAACCCAGCCACAAAGAAUGCUGAGGAAUGUACUUCUUUAGCCAGGUUCCUUGCUACACUAAAUAAAUUCAUUAUUCUGUUGCUGAUGAGGUGUGGAAGAACGGAUAUAGGGUAACAACUGAAACUUCUGCCACAGCCCUUUAGAAGUUUAAAAAAGUAGAGGCUUUAAGAUCUAAGAAAAGUAUUAAGAAAAUUCUAUAAAGAGGCCGUUUAUAAAAAUCAGUCUGUAAAAGUAGUUAACAUAGCUACAUUUAAAAAGAAUAACUGCUUAGAAAAUAGAAAGCUCACUGAGAGGAAAGACAUACAGAGAUGUGACAGAUAUAGCAGCAUCAGGAUACGUUUGGACAUUUUACAAAAUGAUGAACUUAUUUGGAGAAAUAUGGAGACAGGAAGUAUUUGGAAAAGACGGAGCAAGAACUUCCUCUCACGUCGUAAAGAUCUGAGGAAACAGCUGCGGUGGGCCGAAGCUGUGGUCCCAGGGCAGGAACAGGGCAGCGGAACUGAAGGGAGUCUAGAGACCGAGCCCGACUCAGAGCAUCAGGCUGUGGUGCGGGCGGCGUUUGCGUCCGUGGGGGAGGGAAGCGCAGGCGCAGGUACGGCUCGCCGGCCAUCUGGAGGAAAUGAAGCUAGAACAACUUCGUCCAGAUGGAAGGGAGCCAAGAGGACUGACUUCUCUUGUGGGUCUGGUUCUGGCCCAGCCGUGGGACCCUCUGGACGGUCAGCGGAUACGGCCCCGACCUGUAUCCCGAUUGUGAGAUGGGGACUGAGCACGUGGAGGUAAUCCCCAAGGAAGAAGUUUCUGAAGAACCUGAGCCACGUGUGGCGGCGUCAGAGAAACUUCCCAAGGUGGUUUGCCAGGGCCGGGAGUUUGGAGGCGCCCGGGCAGAAGACGCGGUGGAGAGGCACUUGAGAGCGUCCUUGGACGAGAGCGCGGAGCAGGUGUCUCCUCGGGGGAGAGGCCUUGUGUCGGGGCUGAUCGCCUGUAAGAGGUCACCGUCGGGCGCGAAGUCCGGGGACAGCGACGAGAGCGAGUGCGUCUGCAGCCCUGGCCCGCGCCCGCUCCCGUCUCAGGCUGACCCCCCAGCCAUGCCCGUCCGCGCCUGCGCCGCCUCCCGCCACAGCCCCGUGGAGAACUCCGAGGCUCACAAGGCCCGGAGGAGUCCUGUGGGAGAAAAGCCUCAUACGUGCAAAGAGUGCGGGAAGGCCUUCAAUCAGAACUCGCACCUCAUCCAGCAUCUGCGGGUCCACAGCGGAGAGAAGCCCUUCGAGUGCAAAGAGUGCGGGAAGACGUUCGGGACCAACUCCAGCCUGCGGAGACAUCUGAGGAUCCACGCCGGGGAGAAGCCCUUCGCCUGCAGUGAGUGUGGCAAGGCCUUCAUCCAGAGCUCACACCUUAUCCACCAUCACAGGAUCCACACCGGGGAGCGGCCGUACAAGUGUGAGGAGUGUGGCAAGGCCUUCAGCCAGAACUCGGCGCUCAUUCUGCACCAGAGGAUCCACACCGGCGAGAAGCCGUACGAGUGCAACGAGUGCGGGAAGGCCUUCCGGGUCAGCUCGCAGCUCAUCCAGCACCAGCGCAUCCACACGGAGGAGCGGUACCACGGGUGCAGCGAGUGCGGCAAAGCCUUCAAGCACAGCUCGGGCCUCAUCCGGCACCAGAAAAUCCACACCGGAGAGAAGCCCUAUCUGUGUAACGAGUGCGGGAAGGGCUUCGGCCAGAGCUCGGAGCUGAUCCGCCACCAGAGAAUCCACACGGGGGACAAGCCGUACGAGUGCAGCGAGUGCGGGAAGACGUUUGGCCAGAACUCGGAGAUCAUCAGACACAUUCGAAUUCACACCGGCGAGAAGCCCUACGUGUGCAAGGAGUGUGGGAAGGCCUUCCGGGGGAACUCGGAGCUUCUGAGGCAUGAGAGGAUCCACACCGGCGAGAAGCCCUACGAGUGCUUUGAGUGUGGGAAGGCCUUCAGGCGGACCUCCCACCUCACGGUGCACCAGAGGAUUCACACGGGGGAGAAGCCUCACCAGUGCAACGAGUGCGCAAGAACCUUCUGGGACAGCUCAGAGCUGCUUCUCCACCAGAAGAUUCACGUUGGGGAGAAGCCGUACGAGUGCACCGAGUGCGAGAAAGCCUUCGGCCAGCAUUCCCAGCUUGUUCUCCACCAGAGGACGCACACGGGCGAGAAGCCCUAUGAGUGCCAGCAGUGCCGGAAGACCUUUAGCAGGAGCUCCCACCUGCUCCGACACCAGAGCGUCCACUGCGCGGAGUGAUUGCCCUGGACGUGCCCCAGCCCGACCUGCCGCGCCCA